AGUGCUGGAUCCUACUCCACUGGUCUGCGAGCUGGACCCAGGCAAUGCAGCUUCCCACACUAGCACCCCUGCUCCCACGGAAGGAUGUGUGCUGCAGGCCUGGGGGCCAUACUACGAUGAUGGAUCUACAUCCCUAUAGUUUCAAGCGACGGUUUUAAAACGGUUCAGGGCAGAUCUGGGGACCGGCGGUCCUAAAGUUGGCUGCGUUUCCAUGGUGUCGGCGGCGGAGCCAAGGGGGCGGGUUCACGCAAGCGCCAUGGAAGCAGGUCCAGCCUGUGGUGUCCACAAUGCCCCAGGCCUCUGAGCACCGCCUGGGCCGGACCCGAGAGCCACCUGUUAAUGUCCAGCCCCGAGUGGGGUCCAAGCUACCAUUUGCCCCGAGGGCCCGAAGCAAGGAGCGCCGAAACCCAGGCCCUGGGCCGAACCCCAUGUUAAGACCUCUGCCUCCCCGGCCAGGUCCCCCUGAGGAACGGCUCAAGAAACUGGAGCUGGGACGGGGACGGACCUCAGGCCCUCGUCCCAGAGGACCCCUUCGGGCAGAUCAUGGAGUUCCCCUGCCUGGCUCACCACCCCCAACUGUGGCUCUGCCUCUCCCUUCCAGGACCAACCUAGCUCGUUCCAAGUCUGUGAGCAGUGGGGACUUGCGUCCUAUGGGGAUUGCCUUGGGAGGGCAUCGUGGCACUGGAGAACUAGGGGCUGCACUGAGCCGCUUGGCGCUCCGGCCUGAACCUCCCACCCUGAGACGUAGCGCCUCUCUCCGCCGCCUUGGGGGCUUUCCUGGUCCCCCCACCUUGCUCAGUAUACGGACGGAGCCCCCUACAUCCCAUGGCUCCUUCCACAUCAUAUCUGCCCGGCCCUCUGAGUCUUUCUACUCCGAUGACAAAAUGGCUCAUCACACGCUGCUUCUGGGCUCCGGUCAUGUUGGCCUCCGAAAUCUGGGGAACACGUGCUUCCUGAACGCAGUGCUACAGUGUCUGAGCAGCACUCGGCCUCUGCGGGACUUCUGUCUGCGAAGGGACUUCCGGCAAGAGGUGCCUGGAGGGGGUCGAGCCCAAGAGCUCACUGAAGCCUUUGCGGAUGUGAUUGGUGCCCUGUGGCACCCUGACUCGUGUGAAGCUGUGAAUCCUACUCGAUUCCGAGCUGUCUUCCAGAAAUACGUCCCUUCCUUCUCUGGAUACAGCCAGCAGGAUGCCCAAGAGUUCCUGAAGCUUCUCAUGGAGCGGCUACACCUGGAAAUCAACCGGCGGGGCCGCCGGGCUCCGCCCAUCCUGGCCAGCAGUCCUGCUCCCUCUCAGCCCCGCCGAGGAGGAGCUCUGCUGGAAGAACCGGAGCUGAGUGAUGAUGACCGAGCCAACCUAAUGUGGAAGCGUUACCUGGAGAGAGAAGACAGCAAGAUUGUGGACCUGUUUGUGGGCCAGUUGAAAAGUUGUCUCAAGUGCCAGGCCUGUGGGUAUCGCUCCACGACCUUCGAGGUUUUUUGUGACCUGUCCCUGCCCAUCCCCAAGAAAGGAUUUGCCGGGGGCAAGGUGUCUCUGCGGGAUUGUUUUAGCCUUUUCACCAAGGAAGAAGAGCUAGAGUCAGAGAAUGCUCCAGUAUGUGACCGAUGUCGGCAGAAAACACGAAGUACCAAAAAGUUGACAGUACAAAGAUUCCCCCGAAUCCUUGUGCUCCAUCUUAAUCGAUUUUCCGCCUCUCGAGGCUCCAUCAAGAAAAGUUCAGUAGGUGUGGAUUUCCCGCUGCAGCGACUGAGCCUGGGGGACUUUGCCAGCGACAAAGCUGGAAGCCCUGUCUAUCAGCUGUAUGCCCUCUGCAACCACUCGGGCAGCGUCCACUACGGCCACUACACAGCUCUGUGCCGGUGCCAGACUGGUUGGCACGUCUACAAUGACUCUCGCGUCUCCCCUGUCAGUGAAAACCAGGUGGCGUCCAGUGAGGGCUACGUUCUGUUCUACCAACUGAUGCAGGAGCCACCCCGGUGCCUGUGACACCCCCCCCCCCACCCCCGAAGCCCUGGCACCUGUGAAACCCGUUCAACUCCCUUAAGCUCCAGGCUCCCCAUUUACCUCAGAGACGUCUAUUUUUGUGUCUUUUUAAUCGGGGAGGGGGGGAGGCGGUGGUUGUAGCUCCCAUUAUUUUUUUUAUUAAAAAGUACCUUUCCACCUGGAGGCUCCCUUGUCUCCCAGCCCCGUGUACAGAGCUCCCCAGGCCCCUGCCCGUGUACAGCCCCCAGCCCCUCCACAAUCUCACUUUUUGUGAAUAAAUUUAUUAAGAAAAAAUG